AUGGCGGCUGCUAACAUCAAGCUCGUCGUUCAGCCAAGGGGCAAGCCUAUCCGCAAGCUCCCUAAGGAAAUUGAGAUCUCUCUCGAUGCCUCCAGCGAAGAAUUGCACACUGCGCUCUCCGCGGUAUCCGGCUGCUCAAUCCAUCGCAUGAGAAUCACCAAGGGCAGCGACCACAGCGUGGUCCCGAAUUCAAAGAACACAACCAUUGAGGACACCGGCAUGCGAAACUCAAGUGUGAUCUAUGUCAAGGAUCUCGGACCUCAAAUCGCCUGGCGCACCGUCUUCAUCAUUGAAUAUCUAGGCCCGCUCCUGAUCCCCGCGCUCUUCCUCUUCCCGCUCCGACCUCUUCUGUACUUUAACUUCGACAAGCCCCUCCCCGAACCCUCCGACCUGCAACUCCUCGUCUGCGCUCUGCUGAUCGUACACUUCCUGAAGCGCGAGUUCGAGACGAUCUUUGUGCACCGUUUCAGCAGUGCCACCAUGCCCGCCCGCAACAUCUUCAAGAACAGCGCCCACUACUGGAUUCUGGCUGGCUUCAACAUCGCCUACUGGGUCUUCCGCCCAGAUGCGACUGCUGCCAGCACCACACCCAACAUGGCUCUUGUGUACGCCGGUCUGGCACUCUUUGUCUUCGGCGAGCUGGCCAACUUGAACGCCCACUACAUCCUGCGUAACCUCCGUCGCCCCGGUACUACUGAGCGAGGCAUCCCCACUGGAUUCGGUUUCAGCAUUGUCACCUGCCCCAACUACUUCUUUGAGAUUCUGGCUUGGUUGGGUGUCUUCCUUGUCAGUCAGCUCAACUGGAGUGUGUUGUUCUUCAUCUUCCUUGGUGGAUUGCAGAUGUGGAGCUGGGCUUGGAAGAAGGAGAAGCGCUACCGCAAGGAGUUCGGCGACAAAUACAAGAAGAAGCGCUCUGUUAUCCUCCCUGGCCUUGCUUAA